AGAAGACGAAGAGCUGGAAUAGAGCUCGCCUCGGCUCUGCUGGCCUUGGCUGCAGCUCUUCCAGAAACCCAGGGCGCCCACAGAAGAAUCUCUUACCUGGCUCUCUCUUCAGGGAUGACAUCAUCGGCUCACACCAGUCUUCCAGGACCACCUUCCAGAUGCCAAGGCUGCUGCUCGAGUACCUGCUGUGCAUCUCUACCUCCUGAGCCAAGGAGCAUGGAUUCCAGGAACCCACUACCAUUCAGAGCAACUCCUCGUGGACCCCCUCCCCCCCCCGAUCAGGACAGCGAGGGACAAGAGACAAAGAGGAUCAUCAGUGGCCAGCUAGUCUCUCUGGGGUUCAAACCUUGAACCAGUGCCCUAGUGAGGGGGCACUGGCCAUGACCCUUGACCUUUGCUCUGCUUGUGUCUUGAGUCUGAGUCCUUUCCUGUACAUCUGUGCUUGUGUUCAUCUGCUAGUGAACUGGAGUGCUGCCCUCCCCGAGGGGGGUCGUCCCUUGUGACUGACCAUGCUGUCCUAACAAUGGCCUGAGCAAAAGGGUCCCAUUGGGAACCUCUCAGGAGGGGGACCCGGGUCAGGGGCGACCAGCAUCUUGCUGGCAACUCCGUGGGUGGGGUGGGGCGGGGUGCUUCCUUCUGGAAUGAGCACGUGGCUGACCCCAAAGGCAUGUCCCCUCCCCCUCCUCCACCCACCUUCUCAGAGAUGUCCCUUUUGGGGUAGUGGGGACAUUAGGAGCAACCUCCUAGGGUUGUUGUGAGAAUUAAAUGAACUGCAGCAGCCUGAGGCAGGGCUGGGCAGAGACCUCAGCACAUGUUUGUUGAAAGGUUUGCAGGUGGAUCUAGCCCUCCCGUUCAUGGCUCAUGUGUCUCAACCAUUCUCCCACAGACUCCUGCAGCCCCUAUGCCCAGGGCUCUCCUUGCGCCAGGUAGGGGCUCCUAAACAACAGGACGUCCGGGAGACUUUGACCCGGCUUCUCGAGGCCUGUCUACACUCGCUGCUUUCCUUCCUCACCUCCAAUUUCCCCUCCAACCCACUGCUUCCUGACUCGCUCUUCUCCAUCGAACGGCUCUCGCUCAGGUUUAAGACUUGGCUUGCUGGCCCUGGAGAUCCCAUCGCCGUCUUCGUCGAACUCGAACUCCUAGCCGUCGUGCUUCCCUGGCCUGUCGCGUCUUCCUGUGCCAUUUGCCGUUGUACUCAGGUUCCACGAGCUGCCCAUCUCCACAGAAGAGCAGGUGAGGCCGCUGCCUGUCUUCAUGCGUCUGGCAUUGCCCUCCGGCCAUGCUGGCUGAAGAAAAGAAGACUGAGGACCCCAGGACGUCCAGCGCGAGGACCCCAGGAAGCUCAGCGCGAGGACCCCAGGAAGCUCAGCGCGAGGACCCCACCCACAAUGCCCAGCGCGAGGACCUCACGCACAACACGUUGCAACCCUUCUGGAUUAGGCCAAAGCCAUCAUCUGGAAUCCUGCGUGGGACCCUGGACACACGGACACAGACACCUGCCCCUGGGACCCUCCAACUGUAAAUUGAUUGGAAGCGCCCUUGUGAGCUGGGGCCUUCAAAGGGCUGAGGAGAAAAUGCAGGCCGAGAGACCAGCUUCUCAAAUAGGCUUCAAGCCUCCAUGACCUGAGCUCACCCCCUGGAAAUGUCUGGAAAACAUAAUGGGCAGGUUUUCUGUCUUCAAAGUUUCCAUCAAAACCUCUUCAAGUUCUUUAUUGUUUAGGACUGAGACACUUGGGGACAGUAAUGGGGACUUUCUUUUGUAUCUGUCUUGAAAGGCCAAAAUAUUUUUAUAUUGCUGUAGACAAAGCCACCUAUUUACAAAUGGACUCUGUUCCGUCGUUUCCCACCAGGAAGACCGUACUAUGUUUGUGUCUCUAUGUAUUCUGGGGUCUUGAAACAGGUUUCUCAUGGGGAUGGCCAUUCACUAGAGCCCAGAGGAGCAGAAGGGGAAGUGUCUACCCUGCCAAGGGGGUCUGGGGAAGGAGGGGGGCUAGUCUCAGAUUUGCUCCUUGUAUGUCUAGGGUAAACCCUGGGAGAAGCUGGUGGUAAAAGAACAUAUGCUGUGUUUGCCCCACAUCUGCCAUUUGUGUGUGUUUCUGGGCUAUGGGUUUGCACACUUUGGUGGUUAACAUGGUGGGAGGAAGUAAGAAGGGCCAAGAGGGCACGGGUGCUCUGGUUUUCCUGCUGGGAGGCUGUUUCACUGGUGUGUGUUACAUCACAUAAUGCAUGUUUAGCUGGGUGAGUGAAAACAGUGGGAAGGGACAGAGAAAGAAACGAAUAGGUAUAGAGAGCUAGUCACAGAGUACACAGUCACCAUUCCAUCUCACUGGUGGCCAGGUGUUCGAAAAAUGUUCAAUAAAGUUCUGAGCUGACACACUGGUAUUGGGUCAUCAUGGACCUAAGGAGUUUUUUAAUUGAAGAAGGAAUCCCAAAGAAUAGAAGGAAGAAUAAGAAGAGCUGUCAAAACCAGCUCUAAGGUUUUUGAGGCCCUUUAAUAUAAACAGAUGAUGGCGUGAUCAGAGAGAACGAAACAGGAAAGAGAAAACAAACAAACAAACAAACAAGAUGCUUACAGAAUACGAGGGGAUAUGUGAGCAUGCAAGGAGAACCCAGCUAGGUUAGUAUCGGGGGACUGAUAGAUCGUUAAUCCUGUCUGGGUACCCCAGCUGCAAGGGGAUGAGAGAGGCAGCAAGUGAGAAAGAGAGGACACAUAGGAAACUGUAACAAGACAGAGGCAGGAGAGAGAGAGAGAGAGAGAGAGAGAGAGAGAGAGAGAGAGAGAGAGAGAGAGAGCAGACAGAUGAGGAGCUUCAGGGGAGGGUUAAGCUAGGCUUCGCAAUCUGACCACUUAACUCUACCAGCAAAGAAAGGCUUAAACACUAAAAAGAGGGAAAGCCGGAAGAAAGGAUGGUAGAUGUGAAAGGCAUAGAGGAUGGAAAGCAAUAGGGAGUGGAGUGCAGGUGCUGUGGAGGGACGCUUGCAGGUGACGCAGUUCACCAGCCUGUGCAGCUGAGAAAGAUAGCCAGUGACAAAGGAGAAGAAGAAAGGUAACAAUAUGCUCACAAAUAGGUAGGUGAAUGUAGUUAGAAGACGGCCCGGCUACGGACUGGACAAGAGGCUGUGUCAGCAGACUGGUUAAUUCCCAUCUGUGCUUCUGAGAUGGACAAUGACCCACCCGACCAAGAGACCUUUCAGGCAUCAAUAUGUCAGGGAGGGCUUCAAUGGGGCAAUGGAGGCAAGGCCCAUUAAUAGCAGAUUAUGAUGUAUCCAAUUAGGUGCACCUGCCCUCUGGAAGUGCAGAAACCAGUAUUGAAAUGGAAAGAAAGACUGAAUGGAAGCCGAGAGUACAAAUGAAUGGAUGGGAAAAAAAGAUUUGCAUUCGCUCUGGGGAGGGUGCUGCUGAGCCCCAGGGUCAUCUGAUCUCCCAGAGAAUAAAAGGGCGAGGGAGUGAUAAAGAGUAACAAUAAGAUGGGGAAGAAAUGAAAAGGAGUGUGGAAGAGAAUAAGUGGGGACAAUGAAGUCUAGGAGUGCGGCUUGUUUAACACAAGUCAUCCAUAUUAAUUCAAAAUUGAGGCCCUCUGAUGGGAUGGGCUAGGUCCCAGGGAUGAAGCUGUUGCCUAGUAUGUGCCAAGUUCUGGGUUCCAUCUCCGCCUGGCAAGACAAACAGAGGAAACAAAAUUAUAGCCCAGAGGUUGUAAAUGUUGUUUUUGAUGGUUUUGGGACAAAGAGCUAGAUCAGUUGGAAGAUAGAGAAAUAGGAAGAGGUGGGAAAGAGUUAGAUGAACACAAGAGGAAGCAGCAGUUCUUAAGAUAAGUGUUUAAAUAUGGUGAAUACGUAUCUCCUGGGUGUGUCAGACAAAAAUAACGAAAAGAAACAAGUUUAGGAAUGACCACACAAGGAUGAUCAGGAAGCGGUGACUUUAGUUAAUCACUGUGGCACUCAGCCCUGUCAGGGAUUUUUUUAAAUGUACAAAGGAGAUAAAGGAAGACACACAAUACCGAAGAGAGACAGGACAGACAGACACAGCGAAAAGGUUGAGGACAUAAUGAAUAUCCUGGAGACAUGCCUGAGAGGGUCGUAUAGGGAUGAGAGAAAGAACAGCAAGAAUUCUGCUUAAUUCAAAACUGGGCUCCUGAGAUAGCUAAAUAUCUCCUGAACCCAAGCACCAACACAGGAGAUUAAAUAACAAAAGAGCUGCAGGCAGACCCAAGUGGAGAAGGCUUGGGACCCUCAGAUCACGCUUAAUCUAAAUCUGUGCACCUGAGGUCCAUAAAUAAAAGAAUAAAUAUUGAAAUAAAGGAGUGACAGAAAGGAUGAAUGAGCACACAUGACUGAAUUAGAAAUGGAAAUGGCCAGAGCAGCCAGGAAGGAGUGGCCCAUGGGACUUCUGCUCAUCUUAUUCUAGGCACCUGAGGUCCCUUCGUGAGAAGAUGCAGGGAGAAGAGGGGAAGGGAAAGGCCUGAGAGCAAAUGAAAGAGAGGAGAGGAGAGGAAAUGAGAAAGUAUCAGAGAGAGGAAGCGAUCGGGGGUUCCUCGGAAGAGGAAUGUCCACGAGGAUUAAUAAGGAGGCUCUCAUUAAUCCUAAAGAUCGAUGAGGUAAUCCAGACCCAGGUUCUUAAGGGGAGGGGGAAUGGAGAGAAUUAAAAAAAAAAAGAUGCAAAAAAGGAGAGAAAGAUAAUAAAACAAGCAACAUGAUGAAUGGGUAAUUAAGAGAGGCUGUCUGGACAGAAAUAGUAAUGAGUUCCCAUGCAUAGUCCUUAAAUAGAUAAAUACAUUAUACCUUUCAAAGAAUGCGUGAAAAAUCGAAGAACACCAUGGCCCCCAAACAAGGCUGCACCUUCCAUUGCUGUAAUAAAAUACAUGCAGCAGAGAGCCAUAAAUAACGGAAAAUACUUAAAUGUAAAAGGUGACCAGACGGAGGGGGAAGAUUGCAAGCCCAGAUACUCGAGGGAGGCAAUGUUUGCUUUGCAUGUGUAAUACAAUUAUGUUCACAGGAAAUUAAAAGAAAGAAAGAAAGAAAGAAAGAAAGAAAAGAAAAGAAAGAAACCAUCCAAACUAAGACUGGGAGAAAAGAUAAGGAAGGGAAGCAAGAUCGGAGAGAUGGGGUGGAGACUCCGGGGUGGGUUUCUAUUCUGCACACCCGGACUUAUAAAAGUGAGUUUGUCAGGGCAGGAAGAGAGAGCUGAAAU